CAGGCAGCAGCCAGGCCUCGCCAGCAGGCCCCUCCGGCUCCUUGGAACCGCACAUCACGACUUAUUCCUGGCCGAUGAUGGCGAUCCUGCCUCAUCUGUGAUGGUGGCUGACCCUCCAGAGCUGCUGUAAUACAUGUGAGACCGGUUGAACUCCAGAGAACAUUGGGAGGGGCUGUGGCUCAGCUGAAGAGCCGAAGGUCCCAGGUUCAACACCCAGUAUCUCCAUUUAAAAGGACCAGAGCCCAGUACAAAGAAGGGAACCUCUGGCUGAAAGGGAACCUCCUAUGAAGGCCAGAUGGCAAACGUCACGCCAGCAAAGCUGGACAAUAUGGAGGUGCCGCAGCAGUCACCAAAGAACAACAACCCACAAUGGGAGCCCACAGACCAUCACCCCUGGCCCUGGGAUGAGGCCACGGCCACGGCCACGGCCAAGCUCUUUGAAUGUUCACGGAUCAAGGCAUUGGCUGACGAGCGAGAGGCCGUGCAGAAGAAGACCUUCACCAAGUGGGUAAAUUCGCACUUGGCUCUUGUCUCCUGCCGGAUCAGUGACCUCUACACAGACCUGCGUGAUGGCUGCAUGUUGACAAAGCUGCUGGAAGUGCUUUCUGGGGAGCAGCUGCCCAAACCAACACGGGGCCGGAUGCGAAUACAUUCCCUGGAGAAUGUGGACAAAGCCCUGCAGUUCCUGAAGGAGCAGAGAGUCCACCUGGAGAAUGUGGGAUCCCAUGACAUUGUGGACGGGAACCACCGCCUGACUCUGGGCCUCAUCUGGACCAUCAUUCUCAGAUUCCAGAUCCAGGUGAUCAAGAUAGAGACAGAAGACAACCGGGAGACCCGCUCAGCCAAGGAUGCGCUGCUACUCUGGUGCCAAAUGAAGACUGCUGGGUACCCUGAGGUCAAUAUCCAGAACUUCACAACCAGCUGGAAGGAUGGGUUGGCAUUUAAUGCUCUCAUCCACAAGCACAGGCCAGACAUCAUUGAUUUCAAGAGUCUCACCAAAUCAAACGCUGCCUACAACCUCCAACAGGCCUUCAAUACUGCCGAGCAGCUGUUGGGUCUCACCAAACUGCUUGAUCCAGAAGAUGUCCUCAUGGAACACCCUGAUGAGAAGUCCAUCCUCACCUACGUGGUCUCCUUCUACCACUACUUCUCCAAGAUGAAGGCUCUGGCGGUGGAGGGGAAGCGGAUUGGCAAGGUGCUGGAUCAGGUCCUGGAGAUUGAAAAGAUCAUCAAACGGUAUGAGAGUCUGGCCAGUGAGCUGUUGGAGUGGAUUGAACUCACCAUCAGUGUCAUCAGCAACCAGAAGUUUGCCAACUCCUUGACUGGGGUCCAGCAGCAGCUGCAAUCCUUUACCGCCUUCUGCACCCUGGAGAAGCCUGUCCGGUUUCAGGAGAAAGGGAACUUGGAAGUCUUGCUCUUCUCCAUCCAGAGCAAGCUGCGAGCCAACAACCGCAAGCUCUACAUCCCAGGAGAGGGAAAGAGCAUCUCUGACAUCAACAAGGCUUGGGCCAGGCUGGAGAAGGCGGAGCACGAGCGGGAGGUGGCCCUGCGCAAUGAGCUGAUCCGCCAGGAGAAGUUGGAGCUGCUGGCGCAGCGUUUUGACCACAAGGCUGCCAUGCGGGAGACCUGGCUGAAUGAGAACCAGCGCCUGGUCUCCCAGGACAACUUCGGCUAUGACCUGCCAGCAGUGGAAGCAGCCAUGAAGAAGCAUGAGGCCAUCGAGGCGGACAUCUCGUCCUACCAGGAGCGCAUCCAAGUGGUGGUGGAGCUGGCGCAAGAACUGGAGUCCGAGGGAUACUAUGACAGCAGGCGCAUCAGUGCACAGAAGGCCAACAUCCUGCGGCAGUGGGGGCUGCUGGUGGAGCUGGUCAGCGCCCGACGGGCCCGGCUGGAGCAGAACGUGGCCUUGCAGAAGAUUUUCCAGGAGAUGGUCUACAUGAUUGACUGGAUGGAUGAAAUGCAGGUCCAGCUGGGCUCCAAGGAGCUGGGGAAGCACCUGUUGGAAGUGGCAGACCUGCUGCAGAAGCACAGCCUGCUGGAGGCCGACAUCUCGGCCCAGACCGAGAGGGUGCAGGCCCUCAAUGCUGCUGCCCUCAAGUUCUCAGAGCUGGAAGGCUAUCAACCCUGUGACCCUCAGAUCAUCCGCAACCGGGUGAACCACGUCCAGAGCUGCUUGGAGCAGCUGCAGGAGCUGGCCUCGAAGCGGCGCAAGGAGCUGGAAGCCUCCCGCCAGCUGUGGACCUUCUUCCAGGAGAUGGAGGAAGCGGAAGCCUGGGUGCGGGAGAAGGAGCGCAUCCUGUCCUCCUCCCAGAGCUACGGGAAGGACCUGAGCAGCGUGGUGAAGCUGCUGAGCAAGCACAGCAUCUUUCUGGGGGAGCUGGGCGGACGGAGGUCUUUGCUCCAGAGCACCAUGAAGCGGGGGGAGCAGGUUCUGCUCCGGAAGCGGCUGAGCCCCAGCAACAUCCAGGAGAAGAUCCGGGAGGUGCGGCUGCGCUGGAAGCGGCUCGAGGAGCUGGCGGCGUCCCACCUCCAGAAACUUCAGGAUGCCUCCAGCUUCUACCAGUUCAGCACCGAGACGGAUGACCUGGUGGUCUGGCUACAGGAUGCUUACCGCCUGGUGUCCAGUGACGACUUCGGCCACGAUGAGUACUCCACCCAGUCACUGGUCAAGAAGCACAAGGGGGUGGGGGCAGAGAUUGACCAGCACCGGGCGGCUGUCCUGAACCUGCGGCAGCAGCUGGCUGCCCUGGCGCCUGACUACCACGAGUUGGUUGACGUGCAGAUCCGCAUCGUGGAGGUGGAGCAGCUGUAUGGGGAGGUGGUGGAGGUGGCCGUGCUGCGGCGCCAGUGGCUGCAGGAUGCGCUGGCCAUCUACCGCAUGUUCAGCGAGGUCAACGCCUGCGAAGUGUGGAUUGGUGAGAAGGAGCAGUGGCUCAACCAGAUGCAGGUGCCCCAGCGGCUGGAGGAUGUGGAGGUGGUGCAGCACAGGUUUGAAAGCCUCGACCAAGAGAUGAACAGUCUUAUGGGUCGGAUCCUGGACGUCAACCAGAUUGUGCAGCAGCUGGUCGACGGGGGCCACCCCAGCGCCUCUGAAGUGCGGUCCUGCCAGGACCACCUGAACAGCAGAUGGAAUCGAGUGGUCGAGCUGGUGGAGGAGAAGAAGGACCUGCUAAACUCCAUCCUUAAAAUCCAGAACUACUUGCUGGAGUGCAACGAAAUCAAGUCCCAGAUCCGUGAGAAGCGCACAGCUGUGGAGUCCACCCAGUACAACAGCAGCGACCUGGGCAGCGUCCUGGUCCUCCAGCGCCGCCUCUCUGCCAUAGAGGCUGCCCUGGUGGUCCUGGAGCCCCGGCUGGUGCAGCUGCAGCAAGAGGGGGAGCUCCUGGCCAAUGCCCACCCGGCACAGGCGGUGCAGAUCCUGAUGCACUUUGAGGAGAUCAGUGAGGAGUGGGAGGCCCUGAAGAGGACCCUGCACGGCUGGGAGGACUCGCUGACAGUGGCCAGCAGGCUGCAGCAGUUCAUCCAGGACCUGGACGGCUUUCUGACGUGGCUGGUGAAGACGCAGGCUGCUGUGGCCACAGAGGAGCUGCCCCGGCACCUGGCAGAGGCCGAGCGGCUGCUGACCCAUCAUGGCCUCCUCAAGGAGGAGAUCAACCGCUACGAGGAAGACUAUGCCAAGAUCCAGGCUGUCCACGAGGUGCUGGCGUUGGAAGAGGCAGACCUGCCCUACCUCUCUCUCCAGCAGUGGCUGCAGAAGUUGGACGUGGGCUGGAACAAGCUGCUGGGGAUGUGGGAGGCCCGACGGGAAGUGCUGGUCCAGGCUCACAUCUUCUUCCUCUUUGUGCGCGACGCCAAGCAGGCAGAGGCUUGUCUGUGUAACCAGGAGACCACCCUGGCCAAGGCCAAGCUGCCCACCACUGUGGAAGACAUGGAGAAGGCCAUCAAGCAGCACAAGGACUUCAUGAUGACCAUGGGCCUUCACCUACAGAAGACCACCACAGCCCUGAAGGCUGGAGAGAGCCUCAUCCGGCAGGGCAACAUCUAUGCCAACCAUGUGAAGGAGAAAAUGGAGUCCCUCCAGGCAAAGAGCCAGCAGAAUCUGCAGACUGCGCAAGAGUGGAUGGAGCGGCUGCAGGCCCAUCUGACGCUGCAGCACUUCCUGCAGAGCUGCCAGGAGCUGGAUGGCUGGGCGGCCGAGAAGGAGGCGAUGCUGAUGGCCGGCGACGAGACGCUGCAGACGCGCGCGCCCAAGCGCUGGCUCCGACACCGCGCUUUCAUGGCCGAGCUGGCCCACAACAAGGAGUGGCUGCGCAGGAUCCAGAAGGAAGGACAGCAGCUCAUGGAAGAGAAGCCCGAGUUGGCCGAAACAGUGAGGAAGCAGCUGUUGGAGAUCCAGCAGUGCUGGGCUGAGCUGGAGUCUGCUACACAGGCCAAAGCGCAGCAACUCCUGGAGGCCACAAAAGCCGACCGCCUGGUGCAGAACUAUGUGGACCUCGACAAGAGGCUUCUGUGCAUGGAGAACCAACUGCAGGGGGUGGAGGCGGGGCCGGACCUGGCCAGCGUUAACAGCAACCUGAAGAAGCUCCAGAGCAUGGAGACACAAGUGGAAGAAUGGUGCCAGGAAGUGGGGGACCUACAGGCCCAGGUGUCUGCUCUGCCCCUGGAGGCGGUCAGCAAAGAGAUGGUGGACGACCAGCAGAACACUGUUGGCACACGCAUUGUGCGCCUCCUUGAGCCCCUCAAGGAACGCCGGAGGAUCCUGUUGGCCUCUAAAGAAGUGCACCAAGUCAGCCACGACUUGGAGGAUGAGAUCCUCUGGAUGCAAGAUCGCCUCCCACUGGCCAUGCUGAAAGAUCAUGGCAGCAACCUGCAAACGGUCCAGCAGUUCAUCAAGAAGAACCAGAACCUGCGUCGGGAGAUCCAAGUGCACAAGCCCCACACGGAUGAUGUUCUGGAGCGGGCCAGCGCCAUUGCUGCCGUCAAGAGCCCGGAGGUCGACUCGGUGCGGGUGCUCCUGGAGAAGCUCUCAGAGCUGUGGGGGGCACUCCAGGAGGGGGCGGAGCAGCGGCAGCAGCUCCUGGAUGCCACCUACCAGGUGCAGCAGUAUUACUUUGAUGUGGCUGAAGUGGAGACCUGGCUGAGCGAGCAAGAGCUCUUCAUGAUGAAUGAGGAGAAGGGCAAGGAUGAACAGAGCACCCUGCAGCUCUUGAAGAAGCACCUGGUGACGGAGCAGGCAGUGGAGAACUAUGCGGAAACCAUUGCCCAGCUGUCGCGGCAGUGCCGGGCGCUGCUAGAGCUGGGCCACCCGGACAGUGAGCAGAUCAGCCGGCGGCAGUCGCAGGUGGACCGGCUCUAUGUCUCGCUGAAGGACCUGGUGGAGGAGCAGAAAGCCAAGCUGGAGCAGCAGUACUGGCUCUACCAGCUCAACCGGGAAGUGGACGAGCUGGAGCACUGGAUUGCAGAGAAGGAGGUGGUUGCCGGGUCGCCAGAGCUGGGGCAGGACUACGAGCACGUGCAGCUACUACAGGAGAAAUUUACCGAGUUUGCCAGUGAGACGGGCAGCAUCGGCAACGAGAGGAUCUCUGCCGUCAACCAGAUGGUGGAUGAACUGAUUGACUACGGGCAUGCGGAUGCUGCCACCAUCGCCGAGUGGAAGGACGGUGUGAACGAGGCCUGGGCCGAUCUCCUGGAGCUGAUGGAGACCAGGGCGCAGCUGCUGGCUGCCUCCCACGAGCUACACAAGUUUUUCAACGACUGCAAGGAUGUGCUUUCACAGAUUGAAGAGAAGAAGCAGCGCCUGCCAGAGGUGACGGCUCGGGAGUCCAAGGCCUCAGCUGGCACCUUGAAGCGCAUUCUCAGCUCCUUUGAGCAUGACAUACAGGUGCUGGUGAUACAGGUGCGGCAGCUGCAAGAAGUGGCGGCCCAGCUGCGGACUGUGUAUGCGGGGGAGAAUGCCGAGGCCAUUGUGACCAAGGAGCAGGAAAUGAUUCGCUCCUGGAAAGAGCUGCUGAGCUCGUGCGAAGACUGCCGGCUGCAGGUCACCACCACCACCGACAAGAUCCGCUUCACCAGCAUGGUGCGGGACCUCAUCUCUUGGAUGGAUACCGUCAUUUGCCAGAUUGGCACUGGCGAGAAGCCCAGGGAUGUGUCCUCGGUUGAAGUGCUGAUGAAUUACCACCAGGGUCUGAAAAGUGAGAUCGAGACCCGCGACAGGAACGUUGCCACCUGUGCUGAGCUAGGCAAGGCUCUGGUGCUGAAAAAAAGCCCUGCCGCAGAGGAGAUCAAAGCUCACCUGGACAAAUUGAUGACUAAGAAAAAAGAGAUGAUUGACAAGUGGGACCGGCACUGGGAGUGGCUGCAGCAAAAAUUUCACCAUCUUCUCAGCACAGUGACCCUAUAGGUGUGGCUGCUGAUAGGUGGGGCUGCUGAGAGAUGGGGCAUCCUAUUGGCUGUGUUGCUCGGUCUUUGGAAGCAGCAGAGAGAAGUAGCAGUGGAGAAGAGGACUG